AUGUCCGUCAUGGAGUCUGACGUAUUGAUUGUUGGCGCUGGGAUUUUUGGAGUCAGCACAGCCUAUUAUCUGGCUAAGCAAUCUUCUAACCCAUCAAGCAUUACAAUUCUUGAUCGGGAUCAUCCUCCAUCGACUGCUGCUGCAUCCACAGACUGCAACAAGAUCAUCCGGGCAGACUAUUCAGACACUCUAUACAUGGACCUGGCAUUCGAAGCAAUUGAUGCCUGGAAAAAGAAUCCACUGUUCGCCACUGCUGGAGUCUACCAUGAAACGGGAUGGAUUUCGAUGGGUGAGCGGGGCAACGAUCUCACUUCGACAAUUCGCAACAAUUUCAAAAUUAGUGGGCGUCCAGAUUUGACUAAGGAUAUGACAGAAGAGGAAGUUCGAAGCAACUGGGGCGGAAUAUUGAAAGAUGCAGAUUUGACACCGUUCGAUUCUUACUAUUUCAACCCGUCAGCUGGAUGGGCGGAUGCCGGUAGUGCCCUCAAAAUCAUGGCAGACGAAGCCAUUCGUAUGGGCGUUCAAUAUAAGGUUGAUGAGGCCAAGCGCCUGGUGCUCGAUCAACACGGAGUCAGAGGAGUACAAACGAACAGUGGCAAUCUCUACACAGCCAAGAAGAUCAUCCUAGCUACAGGAGCUUGGACCAGCGAAUUGAUGACUCUGACCGAGGACGAACUUGGUAUGCCUCAGAAGUCUAGAAUGGAGAGUCACCUCACCGCGGCCGGCGUUUGCGUAGUGCAUUACCAAUUGACAGCCGCAGAGCGACCGCUCUACGACCAGCUUCCGGUCUAUGUGUAUGGUGAACAGGGUGAAACAUUGCCCCCGACUGCGUCGGGUAUAAUCAAAUUUACUAGCACGGUCUCAUUCAAGAACACCGUCCACACAGACAAUGGGCAGAACAUUUCUAUCCCCCCAGUCCACCAACGAGCCAUUCCAGAUGGUCUUCGUCGGCAAACAGUCGACUCAAUAAAGAACCGAUUACCUCAACUUUUUGCAAAACAUCGCGAAGUCGACCAUUUUCGUCUCUGUUGGGACGCAAUCACGCCCUCACAAGACCCAUUAAUCACACGACAUCCAAACCCUCAUUUAUCCAACCUUUAUCUGGCUGUUGGAGGCUCGUUCCACAGCUGGAAAUUCCUGUCCAUCAUCGGACGCUAUGUAACGAAUAUGAUCUAUGGGAUAAGUAAUGGGGCCGACCGCGAUAAGGCGUGGGGCUGGAAGGAUGAACAGGAUCGAAGAGUCCGAGGAGUCCAUGAUAGUCUGAUACCGUCGACAGAACUCCGUGAUUUCCAAGUCUGA